AUGCCUGAGGGUACUGUGUCUGGAGGUGCUGAGCCUGCACGUGCUGAGUCUGGAGGUGCUCUAGGUGUCCCGUCGCGGCGGGAGCCUCUCUCUCCACAGCAGCUUCGUGAGUGGUACUCUCGGCGCUGUCGAGGUGCUGCUGGUGCUGGUACUGCUGGAGCUGCUGGAGGUGCUGCUGGAGCUGCUGGAGGUGUUGCGGGUGCUGGUGUUGCUGCUGCUGGAGCUGCUGGAGGUGCUGCUAGUGCCGGGGGUGCUGCUGGAGCUUCUGGUGGUGAUGCUGGUGCUGGAGGUGCUGCUGGUGCUGGAGGUGCUGCUGGUGCUGGAGCUGCUGGAGGUGCAGUUGGUGCUGGAGCUACUGGAGGUGCUGCUGGUGCUGGAGCUGCUGGACCUGCUGGAGGUACUGCUAGAGCUGCUGGCGGUGCUGCUGGUACUGGAGGUGCUGCUGGUGCUGGAGCUGCUGGAGCUGCUGGAGGUGCUGCUGGUGCUGGAGCUGCUGGAGGUGCUGCUCGGACUGGAGACCCUGGGGCUGAGGGUACUGGUCCUGUCCUGUUUCUGGAGGCGCUGCGCGGCCGCGGCCGUACUACGUUCCGCUCCUUCAGCAGGUUCUUGGCUCCCCGCCUUCUCCUGGUCCUCCUCCUCCUUCCCUGA